GGAACGCACAUCCUGACAGCUGAUUUGAGUUGUGAAGACGUGUACUUUCUGUUCCGAUUUAAACAUCUCGCUAUUCCAGUGGCAUUUAUAUAUACAACAAUAUAUUUCGUUGACGCUGUUGAGCGGGGUUUUUUUUUUUUUUAAUUUUCCUAAUGGCGACCGUAGAGGAGCUGAAGCUUCGGGUGAGAGAGCUGGAAAAUGAAUUGAUAAAGUGUAAGCAGAAGCAGUGUGCCAUGGAGGAUGCACUGCACAGACCGAAAAUUGACAAAAUGAGCGCAGAAGUUGUGGAUUCCAACCCAUACAGUCGUCUAAUGGCUUUAAAGAGAAUGGGCAUCGUGGAUGAUUAUGAGAAAAUCCGGACAUUCACAGUCGCUGUGGUUGGUGUUGGCGGAGUUGGCAGUGUGACCGCCGAAAUGCUCACUAGAUGUGGCAUUGGUAAGCUGCUCCUCUUUGACUAUGAUAAAGUAGAGCUGGCCAAUAUGAACCGACUAUUCUUCCAGCCUCACCAGGCAGGCCUCAGUAAAGUGGAAGCAGCAGAACACACACUCAGAAACAUCAAUCCAGAUGUGUCAUUCGAGACCCACAACUACAAUAUUACCACCAUGGAGAAUUUUACACAUUUCAUGGAUCGCAUCAGUCAUGGAGGGCUGAAAGAAGGGAUGCCGGUGGAUUUGGUUCUGAGCUGUGUGGACAACUUUGAGGCCAGAAUGGCCAUUAAUACAGCAUGUAAUGAACUAGGUCAGAUCUGGAUGGAGUCUGGUGUCAGUGAGAAUGCUGUGUCAGGACACAUUCAGCUCAUCAUUCCUGGAGAAACAGCCUGCUUUGCUUGUGCUCCUCCCCUGGUGGUGGCCGCUAACAUCGAUGAGAAGACCCUAAAGAGGGAGGGUGUGUGUGCUGCCAGCUUACCAACAACCAUGGGCGUGGUCGCAGGCAUCCUGGUCCAAAAUGUCCUCAAGUAUCUGUUAAAAUUCGGUACUGUCAGUUAUUAUCUUGGCUACAAUGCCAUGCAGGACUUCUUUCCCACCAUGGCCAUGAAAGCCAACCUCCAGUGUAACGACCGCCAUUGUAGGAGACAACAGGAGGAGUAUAAGAAGAAAGAAGCAGAGCGACCUAAGGUGGAAGUUGUAGAGGUAGAGGAGGAGGUCGUACAUGAAGACAAUGAGUGGGGUAUUGAACUAGUAUCAGAGGUGACUGAUGCAGAGUUACAGGCUGCAACAGGUACUGUGCCUGACCUCCCAGAAGGCAUCACUGUGGCAUACACCAUUCCAGCUGAGGAUACAGUCGGUGGAGAGACAGUGGGGGAGACUGAACAGAGCCUAGAAGACUUGAUGGCUCAGAUGAGAAAGUUGUAAGCAUCAAUCUGAAUGUGCAUGUUAGCUAUUCAGAUACAAAAUGCCUUUUCUCACAUGCGUUUUC